GGAGCUCGGGGGGCUGGCCUCAGUUGUAGAAGCAGAACAGACCCCAAUUAGCCCCUGACGUUAACGAACCCCUGCGGGGUGUGGCUGGGACCCCCCGUGCACCCCCCAAAAUAGCUAUGGGGUUUGUAUUAUCCCCUUGGUACCUACAGCAUCCCACGCCUGCUGCCGUUGUGGCACAACGCGCCCCUCCCCGUGCAGCUCUAAUUAUUAAUUAGCCAUUAAUUAGCCUCCAGGUGUGGGCCCAGCUGCCCCAUAUAAAGGUUUCUAGGGGGCAUUUCCUUGGGGUUUGGGGCUUGUUGGUGCCAUGGCUGGGUUUUGGUUGGGCCUUGGUGGCCUCCUUGGGCUGCUGGUGGGGGUUGCGGGGCAGCAGGGGACCCCAGACCCCACUGAGACCCCGCAGGGCGACGCCAUCCUCAGCAUCAACACAGCGCUCGCCCCGCUCCAGGCGCCCGGUCCCGGCACCCUGCUGGAAGGGGACAUCGUGCGGGCGGACCCCUCCCGAGCUUUUGCAGCCGCAAACCCCAAACGGCCGAAGAGGCGAGGGCUGGUCUGGAUCCCCUACGUGCUGUCGGAGCGCUUCGACCCAAGCAGCACCCGGGUGCUGGAGGAGGCGCUGGGUGACUUGGCGAGGCUCACCUGCGUCCGCUUCGUGCCCCGCUCCCACCAGCGGGACUUUGUCAUCAUCGCCCCCAUGGGCGGGUGCUUUUCCGGCAUGGGCCGUGCCGGGGGGCCGCAGCUCCUCUCCUUGGCCCCCCCGUGCCUGCAGGGGGGCAAGGGGGUGGCCCUGCACGAGCUGCUGCACGCGGUGGGCUUCGGGCACGAGCACAGCCGGCCCGACUGCGACGCCUUCAUCAGCAUCGCCUGGAGCCACGUCCUGCCCGGCUUUGAGGGCAACUUCGUGAAGUCCCGCUCGGCCAACACGCUGGUGGGCUACGACUACUCCUCCGUGCUGCACUACGGCCGCUACGCCUUCAGCCGCGGGGCCAAGCCCACCAUCACGCCCCUGCGGGACCCCCGGGCGGUGCUGGGGCAGCGGCGGGGGCUCAGCGCCUCCGACGUGGCGCGGGUCAACCGGCUCUAUGGCUGUCCCCAAGGGCCCCUGACCAUCAGCACACCGCUCUCCGUGGGGACAAGGAGCGAAGCCACCGCGGGGGGUGACAGCGCCUGCAGCAGAGGUGACAGCACCGGUGCAGUGCGCGGGGACCGAUGCCACCACCGCGUCCCCAUGAGACCCUUGGGUGCCAGGGGUUGGCACCGCCAUUAAAAGCGGGGUGUUUGUCACUGC